ACGCAGCGGACGUGUUUGUAUGCUCGUGUGCUUUGACAAUACGCUACGUGCUAUCGUUAACUGAAUUUUCGUUAUUUAUUUCGUGUGUGAAAAUCUGCUGACAGUGACAGGAGUGUUGGUACAGUGUUUGUACAAAGUUACAUUAUUUUGUACGGAAACUUGAAUUAUAUUUUCAACAUUAUAUUAUUGAUUUUUUAAUGUGCAUGUGGACGGAUCAGUGAACUUUUGGAUUGCGUUUUGGAUUUGGCUAUUGCUGUGAGUCCGUCAGUGCCACCUACUGUGUUCAGAUGUAAACAGGACUUCCAUUUUUAGAAAAUGCCAAAGAAUUGUCUGGUAACGGCGAGACGUAAUUGAUCCUGCCGGCCGGAUGAUAAGUCGAAGGCUUUUAAAGAGCUAGCGACGUAUGCGUGGUGGUCGGCGCGUUGGAUGGCCGCACCUAUGCCGCAGCGGGGCAAGUUCGACGUCCGCCGGAGCAUCGCCAGGUGACCUCGGGGCACUGUCGCCCCGCUUUAUGUCAUAACAAAAGUUGCUGCUGAAGAGGAGCGGAUUGCGGGGCGUGAGAUAGCCAGGCCGCGCAGCUGCCAGUAGGCCCGCCGCCCGCCGCCAGAGCGAGCUGGCCACAGCAAACAACGACAAUACAACGCCAACCGACAUGUGUUCCAAGCAACUUAGUACCUAAGAAACGUCAAAUUAUUUACGUCGAAUAAUGAACCAUCCGUCCGAAACGCUGCCAAACGUUUUAUACGAAUUUAAUUUUAGUGCUAUUAAACUUAAGUGUGUAGAUCGCGAGUGCUAGUGUUAGUGAGCUUUAGGACUGCGCCAUCUGGCGUGCAAUAGGCGCGACAACGUGGCGGGGACGCAUGCGCCGUCGGGGCCGGCGCUGGCGAUGCCAUUUAUUGAAGACGAGUGGUGGACAGCCGAAAAUGAGGGCAGGAUGGUCGACCUCUCUAAUUGCCUGCAGGACGCGGUGACGGGCGGAGGCGGGCAGGCGGCGACGCUCCAACAAAUGGCGUCAUUGGGCGAGCUGUCGCAGGCCGAGCUCAGCAACAUCGUGGGGCUCGCCGAGCACGACGGCGACGACCCUGACGACAUCCUGAAGCAGCUCGGCGAGACCGCCUUCGACAACUUCGAUACAUUCUUUACCGACCUCACCAACUCCACUGCGACGCCCGUGCCGCCCAUCGAAAUUAAGCAAGAGGAAAAUAACAAUAUAUCACCUGCGUCCGGGAGUCAAAUACAAGGGCAGUACUAUCAGCAAAGCCAGAUCGCCGCGCCCCACAACGGACAGCAGCGACUACAACAGCUGCUGCGGUCCGGCACCAGCGCCAUCAACAACGCGGUCGCGAAUAACAUAAGCAAUGGCCGCUACAAUAUUGCUUCUGCAAAUCCACUCCUCGCGGAGAAACUUGCCGCGACAUCUAGUGGUAUAAAGCAAGAACCCAUGAGUUCGGAUUACAACGGAACGGGGAUGAGUUAUGGAAACGCUUCGCCGAUGCAGCGAGUGCCGAGUGGGAAGCCGCAAGUGCAUGAUGCUGGUGGAGGUAAAGUGGACGGCGAGCCAGGGACGCUGGCGUUGGGCGCGCGCGGAUCGCUGGGUCGCGCGCUGCUGCACGGCCUGCUGGCGCCCGCACCCGCGCCCAGGCACCACCACCUCUACACCGCGCCCAACACCGGGUCGCUGCCACCGUCACCUGCGGACAGCGGCGUGUCCGAUGUGGAAUCAUCGUCGUCGGGCGCGGGGUCGGCGGAGGAGCUAAAAGCGCGCCUGCAGCCGCCGCCGCCCGCGCCCUUCCCCACACCGUUCCUGCCCUUCUACCCGCACCACCAGCUCGCCUCCUCGCUGCAGCACCACGUCGCCACACACACCAGGCCACCGGUGGGUGCGGUGAACGAGCGCGAGGCGUAUGGCUACGGGUACGGAGGCGGGGGCGCGGGCGGGGGUGGGCACCACUUCGCUGCGCCUGCGCCCCCGCCGCUGGCGCACGAAGAGCUGCCCUACUCCGUGUUCGACUUUGGAGACUACCAGCGGCACCACCACCACAACAAACUCAAGCCGAAGAAGAGGCCGCGCAGUGACGCGCCCCCUACGCCCGGAGUCAAGCGCAAGAGCCGUGAGGGCUCCACCACGUACUUGUGGGAGUUCCUGCUGAAGUUGCUGCAAGACCGCGAGUACUGCCCGCGCUACAUCAAGUGGACGAACCGCGAGAAGGGCGUCUUCAAGCUGGUAGAUUCGAAAGCGGUGUCGCGCCUCUGGGGUCUGCAUAAGAAUAAGCCCGACAUGAACUAUGAGACGAUGGGCCGCGCGCUGCGCUACUACUACCAGCGCGGCAUCCUCGCGAAGGUCGACGGCCAACGGCUCGUCUACCAGUUCGUCGACGUGCCCAAAGACAUCGUCGAGAUCGACUGCUCGCUGGCGUAGGCGCCGCGCUCCGUACGGCGCCCUCCUGCGCCCUCCCGCGCCCUCGGGAAUCUCGGAUCGUGGACGGGACUUUCUGUCAUACGUAACUAAUUCUAGAGUCGAGUCAUAUUCCGCUCUUUCAUUACGUUUUCCACUAACUUCUUUAUAAACUUUGUAUUUGUCAAAUCGUCGUGCGUGUUACGUUCCCCGAUCGCUUCUAAUGUAUGUUGUUCUUAAGAUAAAUGUUAUUAUUCUCAAAUCGUACUAAUAUAAUCUUUAUUAUGGAAUUUAAUAUUUAUACAAAAUAGGAGACGAAAUUGAUUGCUCAAAUGUUUAUAUAUUACCUAUAUUUAGGGGAAUUUCAGAAUGGAAUACUAAAUUUGCUAGAUGUUAUUUGCGGAUGGAGUGAGUUUUGUAUGAUGUUGAAACGAAUUUUUAAAUGUUUGUAAUGAAAUUUCUAUACAUAUAUUGCAUAUUUACUGUCGAUAGACACUUCCUCGAUCGACUGUACGAAAUCUGAACUUCCUACCUCAAAACUACGCAAACAUACAUAUUAUAAAUAUACAAUUUAUUCAAAUAAUACAUACAGUUUUUACGAUUUGCAAUUAGUUUAAUAUUAUAGUAUAAAUAAGAGUUUAUAUUAUAAAGAAAUAUUUACGUAAAAUGUUUAUAUUAUAUGAAAAGUUUCGUAUUGUACCGUUGGAUGGAAUAUGUAUGACAUCUUUGGUGCUUACAGCCAUUUGCAUAUACACCUUGUUACUUGAUUCAUUGAAAAACCUCACUCUUUGUAACCAUUGCAUAUAUAUAUACGUAUAUUUAUAUUGUCUGACUCGCUGUUACCUUGAUAUGACCGGAGUCUGCACCUCGGUGGCGCACUUUGACCACUAUCUUUACCUGCGUGCGUCUCUUUUGCGUUAUCUCAUUGUGUUUGUCAAAAAGAGACGCAACUAGAAAGUCAAAAGUACAAGCAGAAGAAACCUAUCUCCAUCAGCAAGGCGAGGUGCGCCUCCGACUUACUUUAGGUCUGUUUACGUUAUUUCCAGUCUUCGUCUCAUUGAAACCGAAUUUUGAAUGAUAUUAUUUGAGGGUUCUCUGUUCGUGGAAUCAAAUUGUAAUUCUACUCGUGUACUGAAACCUACUGCCAACUUUUUGUUAGAAAACUGAUAAAUUAAUGAUUAAGGUAUGGAUUUUUGUGCGUUAAUUGUGUUAUAUAAUAAUAAAUAGAUGUUUACUAUAAGUGAGCUGUUGUAAGAGGACAUGUUCUAGUUUAUUACGUUUAUUUAAUUGUACGAUAGGAAGCCGUGGGUCAGCAGGGGUCUCGCGGGAACCGCAACAUAUCAAAUAUCAAAAUAAAUUAUUAUUUACCAUAUUCAUAUACAAGCUUAACCUCUCUGCAUAUCAGGAAUUGUGAAAACAUGCCGUCACGUGACCGCGUGCGGUACAACACUACGUCGCCGCGAGACCUCUAUUUUUUGUUACCUGAAUAAAUAUUAUUAAUAAUUAAUUACGAUUUGUGGUCCAAUGUUAACGAAUCAUAAUACUUUUAACUAGAUAGAUGAUAGAACUAGCUCGUUGAGCCGCAAAACGUUGACUUCACAACAAUAGACGCCUCGGUGUUGCGUGGGCGAGUGGCUUGCAGCGUGCAGCGUGCAGCGUGCAGCAUGCAGUCUGCAACGUGCAGAGUGCAUGCAGCAUGCAACGGCUGUUGCACGGAGGCAGGGGCGGGGUUAAGGCAGGUGGGGGCGAAGGGUUGCAGGGAACGCACGUCCCGUCCAUUAACAGUUAGCGAAGUGACCGAUCCGCAAGCAACACUAGUAAAUUCCCCGGAGUUAUCAUAUGCAAUAUUUUUGUAUUUAAAAACGAAAUAUAUCAAUAUAUUAGGACGUAAGGCAUCAUGAUAGUAGUUAUGAGUACAGCGGAUGCUCACUUCGCUAAACAGCUGAGAAGGGUUAGUGAAGCCUUGGGGGAAGUGUGUAGAGUAAAAUGGGUGCUAAGACGUGGGACCGAGGAUACAAACGGACGAGCGUAUAAAUCAUACACUUUAUAAAAUUUUCUAUGCAUAUAUAUAUAAAAUAUAUAUAUUUAUUAGACCAAUCCAACCGAAAUACAGGUUAAAAAAAAUUACCGGCAGCGGUGCGUUAGUGGGUUACAAAGUCUCUGUAGAUGACGAUCUCAUGUCCGGCUCCUUGAAUGAAUCCAGUGCCCGUUCCAUGUGAUUUAUCAUAUAUAUAUAUUUACAUAUAAUAUAAAAGUGAAGUUUAAUCGUAUGUUAUAUAUUAGGUAGGAGCAUUUCUCAACGGCUCUUUCUUUCAGCACUUUUUCUUAUGCUUUUGUAAAUAUAACUAUAGUUUUAACUUAUUUAUUUUUCCGUCAUCGAAGCGGCGGAA